AUGUGGCAAACCCAGGACGGUUCGGCGGAAAAGGGGAAAAAGUACGUGGAAGGUGGCCGGGUCGCAGGACGAUUCGAGGAAGGGGUAGAAAUCCUCAAUGAUGAUGCCUUCGACACGACCUUGGAGUUUGACGUUCAGCUUGACGAGCCUGAGAACUGCCUCAUCGAUCCACGAUGUGCCAUAUGCGUGGUAAUGAUCUUGGACGACGACCAGUUUCCGUCAAACGACCACAAGGAGGUCAUCGAAGAUCAUGACGAAGAGGCGCUCUACGAGGUCGGCUUUAGCUUGCUCAAGUCCUUCAUGGGCUUCUGUUUUCACCAUGUUCCGGAGAUUUGGUGGAAGACCAUCUUGGUGUUGCUUCUCGCCAACCUUGGAAACCUUUACUACCUUGCGACCAUCUUCCUCAGGGUUUACCUCGUUGACACCGUGUUGAAUACCGAGGACCCAAGCACAUCGGAUCGCCUUUGGGUUCGAGGCGAUCGGGAUGCGACGGCCGUCGCACUAGGCCUGGCUUGGAUUCUACCAAACUUCCUUCUGCUGGGCACGGACUACUUUGAGAUGGCCGUGUUGGAGAUGGGCUUCAACAUCCGGUACCAUCUCCGUGUGAAUCUCUUCCGGAAGUAUCUGCGCUACACACCCGAGUCCCGGGCGAAGGUUCCAGUCCAGGACUUGAAGAUCAGCAUCAUGGAAGACAUUCCGGAUCUAGUCUCGGAUGGUUACUUAAUCAUCUUUGAGCUUUGGGCGAUGCUCGGUAAGAUUGUGAUGGUGGGCAUCUUCAUGUUGCGGAAACACCCCCGCAGUGCUGUCCCACUCUUCGUGUACCCAAUUCUCAUCUCCAUCUACUUGGCCGUGACGUACCGGAGAAGACUAGCCCUCAUGGCGAAGGAAGGCGAGGGACAGAGCGCCACGAUCGGGACUCUGAUGCAUGUGAACAACGCACAGAAGCUCAUAGGCAGCUACAACAAGCGCAGCUACGUGGUGCGUCGCUUCGAAGAAUCGCUGCGAAACCAGAGAAAGUGGGUCAUGGAUCUGAAAUUCUUUGAAUUCUGGAAUGGACAGCUGAUUCCCUGGAUCACGCUUCUCGCGAUCGGCACAUACAUAGGACUUUCGUCCCGGCUGGUUCUGGGUGGAUCAACCUCGCUUGGUUCCUUCCUCGCCACCAUCAACGUCUACAAGGAUCUCGGAGACAGGUUUGCGACGAUUCUGGAAGGCCUGGAAUGCCUGAGCAAGGCAAUCAGUCCUCUGGCUGCGCUCACCACGCAGUUCAACUUGCCCAUCGACAUACCAGAACGCAGUGAAGCCCACAAAAUGCGAGAGGAGUUCGUGCUGGGCCUCUCAACGGUGCCUUGUCCGAAAAUCCACGAUAGAUCGAUCAUCCAGAUUUUGGGUCCGCAUGACUCAGGGAAGGGAUCCAUCCUGAAGAAGGUUGGAGAUCUUGUGACGACCACCGGGGGCCGCGUCUUGAUUUCCCCGCACCUUAUGGUCCUGCAAGUGCCCCAUGAGCCACUAUUCAUAGAGAAUGGUGGCCUCUUGGGAAACCUGAGUCUCGCAAAACAUUUGGAGUCUUCGGACAUCGGAGACCCUGCGCGUGGACGCAGAAUCCUGCGCCGACUUGCCCUGGACAAGGCGUGGAUCAUGGAGCUCUACGACAAAGAGGAGCGGGUCUUCAUCAGGAAGAAGACAGUGGUGCAGGAUCAGCCGGACAGCCCCUUCAGCGCAUGCUACGGGGAGGAUCCAGAGGAGGAGGAAGAGGAAGAAGAGGAGUCGCUUCCGCCCUGGGCACAACAGCUCAGCAGCAGCGAGAAGUGGCGAUUCCAGCUUGCACGAGCGUUUGUGCAUGAUCCUCAUGUCCUAUUGGUUCAUCGUCCUGCGGAUGAGCUGGAUCCGCAAAUGCAGGAGAAAGUUCUGAGCUGCUUCCGUGACUUCGUUGACCGAAGGGGACUCGAGAUCAAUGAGGAGCUCGGAAGUCAUCUGCCGGCGGACAGACGGCGGCCACGCACUGCCGACCGGCUGCGAGCUUCGGGGAUUUUUGUCUGGUUUUGCCAGCUACUUUGGAUGUAG